AUGGCCAGCAUCCCAUAUACCAGCAUCCGCGAAGUUCUUAGAGUGCCUUCAAUGAACACUCACAGAGGACCCAGUCCUGAUCUUCACCAUGUAGCAUGUAUGGCUGACCAUAUCCUGGCUAAAACCAUGUUACCAGACAGCUCCGAGCCAUCCGAAUUGGACGAGGUGACUGACUCAGAGACUCCCAGUAAUCCCCAUGGUAUACUUCUAGACUCCAUCACGCAGCGACAUCAUGACUCCGAUGUCCCAUUGUAUGCACCUCCAUCUCUUCCCUCUGUAACCUGCCACAUGCCUUGUUAUGCAAUGCACUCGGCCAAAAGAUUCCGGCCUGCAACGUCAUGUCAUGAUACUCCCAGUGCACUAGAGCUCCGAUUUGUUGAAAGACAUCUAGGGAAGUACUCUGGUGAGACUGAUAUGAGUAUGAUAGAUGUCCAGAAGGGUUUCAAUGUCUUCAAUCGUGGCAUUGAUGCUUUGCCUGACAGCGCCGUCCGUGCAGCCAUCCUAGCAAAGCGAUCCAAUCGCGAAUCUAGGCGCUUGCGAGCUCUCACAACAGCUUGGGAGCUCGAGACAACCAAACGACAUGCUAUUCUUCUCCAAACACUUCUGUUGAACGAUGCCAAGAAGUAUGCUGAUAGCGUAGCGGAAGCUUCCUUCUUUGAGAAGCUUUUGGUCAAACGUAGUAGGAAGCAACUCGAAGAUGACGCGGACUUUGGCAUUGCUGCGUAUACUCAUGAUUUCACGGAAUACACUGUUGCAGAUUGCCAACUUGAACAACUGGAGGGUGUUGUUGAUAAGCGCAACUUGUCACUACCCUUCGAUGAUCCAGCUCCUGAAGAUCGCUUGAAGACAUGCUUGGACACCAUUCUUACAGAUAGUACAGAUGGCCCUAUGUCCCAGUUGGCUGUCUGA